CAGCUGUGCUUUCGGUGCGACAGUAGCUUUGAUUUUGGAGCCUAAUGCGACGCCAAACAUAAAUGGGUGCAGUUUUAGAGAGUGACUGUAUUGCAAUAAUCAGGACACGACAGGAUGAUCAAAUUGCAGCCACCAACUCGAGACUGUGGCCGAACAUAUUUCAAUUUUCGUUGCGGCGAAGUGCUCUGCCUGGGCCCCACCAGCUACGAUGUCUGCUGUGCGCUGUGCGGCCAGCGGUUGCCAUUUGAUGGAUUUCCACAACAUUUUCGGCUGGAGCAUCUGACCGAGACAAAGAUUGAAGACUGCAAGCUGUUCAAUGGACAGGAUGCAGAGGAGCAGCAACUAGAAGCACCAGUGCUGGAGGUGGAUGUUGAGCCGCUGGCUAUCAAGUUUGAGGAUGACCCCAUUGCACACGAUGAGGCUGCACACGAGUCCAAUGAACAUGACUACGUUGAUUUGGCUCUGAUAGCGCUGCUCGACGAGGAGCACCAGACUGAUAAGGAUGCAAAUAAUGCUGCCCCAUCUACUGCACCUGCUGAAGAUUCGAAUGAUGACAAUAGAACAAUUGCAACGCGUCGACAACAGCGCAAAGCGGCCCUAAAAAAUGUGCUUGUCCAGCGAUCAGAAACGCUUCUGGAUUGGAUGGCAGCAGCAGCAACAGUAGACGGCAGCGAUGCCCAAUGUCUCGAAGUCAAUGGGGAUUCGGCAACGGAUGCCAACGAUGAGGAAGAAGACGACACCAGGGACAUGCUCUUCCGGUGUGAUCAAUGUGAACGCGCAUACAACACCAAGCGCAGCCUGCAGAGCCACAGACGCAGCAAACACAAUGUGCGCAAGCCAACAAAAUCAGCACAGCACAGGAUUGCCACAGAUCUACCCAUUAUGCCGUCACCAGGAGGCAGCGUGCGCCGGCGGCAGAGCAAGGGACCGGCGAAGAUCUAUAAAUGUGAUGAGAGCGAAUGCAAUCAGACAUUUCGCACGGAGCGCGAUUUGCGUGGCCAUCGAUGGAAGCAUACGGGUAUCUUUUGCGAUAUUUGCGGCAAGCCAUUCACGCAGUCGGGGAAUAUGAUGCGUCAUCGUCAGCGGCAUAGUGGGAUCAAGCCAUACAAGUGCCAGGAGGCCGAUUGCGAGGCGACAUUCUACACCCAAAAGGAGCUGACAUCGCAUAACAUUUGCCACACGGGCCGCAUGCCGUGCAUCUGUGAGGUGUGCGGUCGUCCAUGUCGGGAUCGUGGCGUCCUCACUGCCCAUAUGCGACGACACACUGGUGAACGGCCGGCGAAGUGUGAGGUAUGCGGCAAGGCAUUUUAUAGCUUCCAUGACCUCAACGUGCACGCUGUCUCGCACACGAAUCUGCGACCGUUUGUCUGUGAUGUUUGUGGCUCCACAUUUCAGCGAAAGAAGGCGUUGCGCGUCCACAAACUCCUGCACUCCGAGCAGCGUAAAUAUUCGUGUAAGCUGUGCAACAAAUCCUUUGCACAAUCCGGCGGACUAAAUGCCCACAUGCGCACCCACGAAUCGAAUCGAGCCAAUCGGUCGAAAGGCAUUGCCAAAGCGGACACCAUCACAACUACGUCCACAGUUCAGCUGGAAAUUCCCAUCGAAGUGGAUGACGACGUCAACAACGAUGACGAUGACGUUGACGAUAAUGAUGAUAUUGAUGAUGAUGAUGAUGAGAUGGUGCAGGAGGCGGUAACCAUUGAGUUGAUACAGGAGGAGAAUGCCUCACAUGUGGAAGUUGUUACCGUCGCCGCUGCAGGCAGCUGGCAUCAAACAUAACCCAAUGCAACAACCACAUCAACUAUUCCUAAGACCUGCGUUGUGUUUAUAUUUUAAGCUCUUCCAAGUCUCACCAAUUGCAAUGUAAAUAUAAAAGCAACCAUGAACAGAUACUACUAUGUACUACA